CCCCGCCUCCGCGCCGCGCCGCACCGCCCAUGGAGCAGGGCUCGUACUCCGGCGCCGGCGGGAAGAUCCGGCGCCGCCCGCCCCCGCGCGCCUCCGCCGCCACCCCCUACGACCGCCCCCCGGCCGCCGCCGCCUCCCGCCGCCUCGCGGCCGCGGCCGCAGCCGCCUACCGCGGCGGCGACGGUGAGGGAGACGGCUCGGGCGGCGGCUGGGUGUCGCGGCUCGUCGACCCCGCCUCGCGCCUCAUCGCGGGCGGCGCCGCGCGGCUCUUUUCCUCGGUCUUCCGCAAGCGCUUCGCCGUCGCGCCCCCCGCGCCAGCCCCCGCGGCGGCGGCGCAGCCCCCCGCGUCCCCGCCUCCCGGCCAAGAUGCUGAACCUAAUCAAGAUUUGCCUGAGGCAACACAUACGGGUUUAUCUCCAGUGGGUGGAAUGGCGAAAGGGAAGGACCUCACUGGUACAUCCGGUGACAAAUCAUUGUCUGAAGUAGAGCAUCUGUUAAUGCGGAAAACGUUCACCAGGGUUGAGUUUGAUCGUCUCACAGACUUGCUGCGUGCAAGAACUGUAGAGCCUGCUUUGUCUGCGCAAGUGGACCACCACGAGGAUAAGAAUGAAACAAGAACCAGAAUUGAUGGAAUAGGAGGCUCCACAUCUCAUGGGAUGGCUAUAGACCAAUCUCCGCCCGCUGAUGUUCCUAUCCGGGAUGUUAAGUCUCCUGCGGACCUUGCCAAACAAUAUAUGAGCUCCCGUUAUUCAAGAGAACCCCAACAGAGUAGUUUAAGGAGCCAAGUACUUUUUGGUAACAAAGCGGAAGCAAGCAACACUGGCUAUUAUAGGACUUCUGGAGCACCACUUGUUCAGGAGCUGAAUCAAGUCAACAAUGAAAACCCUGUACUUCCUGUGAAUGGCUAUAUGGCUUCAGGAUUACGUGGGCGGUCAGCAAUAUGUAAAAUGUCCCGCUCUCCAUUUUUUAAGGGCCCAAGCUCUUCCAAUGAUAUGAAUGUUUCACCAUUUUCAUUAUCUCAUGCACGAACCCCAAGUUUGGCUGCUGGAGGCAGGCAGGUGUUGAAACGAAGAGGCACAGAGUUUGACAAUGAACUUGGAUCUGUUGGCCCCAUACGCAGGAUUCGUCAGAAGUCGAAUAUGAUGUCUCCUUUUAAAGAUGCUCGUGCUAGUCCUCGGGGAAACUUUCUUCCUACCCGUACUAUUGGUUCAGAUUUUGCCGAAGGCAGUUCACCCCAUCAGGAACCUCCUAGUUCAAAAAGACUACUGCUUGAGUCCGGUCAAUCUCUGCGGACUGUAGAAAGACAGAGACAUAGUGAAGGUGGCAAACCUCCUAAUGAUGAUGUUCCUCCUGUUCCAACUCAACCAAACAAGAUGGCUGAGAAGAUAUUUGAGCAGCUUAACAUAAUAGCUCCAUCACCAAAGGGCAAACAGUCUGGCAAACAAUCUGUUGCUUGGGAACCAAGGCAAUCCAUGUCCAAUGGGCCAAAGGGUGUAAGUGACCCCAGUAGUUCCCGACAAUUUCAAGAUUUGGAUGGAGUUAAUCAUCCCCAUGAUUCUGAUCUGAAUGGUUCUACAUUGAAUAAAGACAAGCUGAUGAAAGAUGGAUCAUCAAAAGUUCAUUCCAAUACGUUUCAUCAGGAUUUAGGCAACAGAGACAUGAAGUCUGAUCAUGUUGCUAUUCUUAAUAAGCCUGCCAUUUCGGGGAAUUCAGUUUCUGCUACUACAUCACGGAAACCAGGUUUCAAAAUGGCUGUUUUUGAGGAUUUAACUGAGUUUGACGAUGAUCUGGAAGCCCCUGUCCCAUCAAAGAAUUCAAAAUUUGAGACAGAUGUGAAGGCAACUGAGCAGAAGUUUGAUUCAAAGAUGAAGGAGCGGAAAGUUCAACAUGUUACAUUUGAGCAGAAAGUUGAAUCAACCUCAUCGAAGCAGAAUGUUAUCAAUUCUUCAGUUACUGAACAGCCUAGAACAUCCACAUCAAAAGAUGUCUCUACACCCGGCUUGUUUUCGUCCAGUGAUACUGAAAAGAAGGGCACCCCCAAUGUUCCCUCAAAUAACAACACUGGUUUUACGUUUCAACAUGUACCUCCUGCAGACCGUCCUGAGGGUACUGCUUCAGCAGUUCCACUUGCUUCAAAUAAAGACGAUAAACAGACCAGCGCUUCACCUUUUAUGUUUGGUGCCAAGCCAUCCAGUACAUCAGAUUUGGAAACAUCAACAACCGCUGGUGUAAAAACCAAAGGAAGACUUGGGGAGAGUGUCACGAAGCCCGCAUCAUUGGACACACCUAAUUUGGAGCAAGGCAAUGGAAGGGAAGGAGCUGGAGAUAUCCAUAAGUCAUCUGACAAGGUGUUGCCUACGGCUGCACCAACAUUGACUCCACCUCUCCAUUUUGCUUCUGCUGCAUCUACUUCACCGGGCCUGAGCAAUGGCUUGUCGCACACAUCACCACCGAAGUUGUCAAAUACCACGCCCACUGAUAAACCUGCUGUCAGCACCGCUCCAUUAACUACCAUUGCCGACUUCUCUGUAUCCAGCAGCAGUCCACCUGUUUCAUCUUCGGUUCCUGCAUUUCCAACUAUCAAUUUUGGCUCCAGCACUCCAACGGUAGCAGCACCAAAACCAGAGACCACAUCCACAGAGACAAAGCCAGCUAGCACUUCACUCUUCGGUACCGUGGGUGCUACAGCUGAAUCCAAGUCUAAAGCCCUAGAAUCAGCCAGCAAGGCAUCAUCCAAUUUGAAUACUGCGUCCAUUUUCUCAUCAAAUAUCACAACCUUUUCGAGUUCUCCAGUCACAUCCUCUUCUUUCUCGAGCACUGCAACAUUUUCGUCUUCUCCUGUUGCAUCCUUUAGUGUUGGAACUGCACCAGCUAAUUCUACACCAUCUACUACAUCUGCUGUCCAGUCCGCUUCAACGGCAGCGUUUGCAUUCUCGAGCUCAGGAAACAGCAUAUUUGGGUUCAGUUCUCCAUCUCAAUCUACUGGUCUGAGCACAACUGUUGGUGGCAGUACCUCUCAACCAUCUCCUGCUAGCACGAUCUUUGGUAGCAAGCUGCCACAGCCACAGGGCACAAUGUCACAGCCGCCUCAGAGUUCAGCCACGCAGUUUAGCUCUUCGUUCCCGAUUGUGGCUAGUGGAGCGGCAGCUUCGUCAUCGGGACCUGGCACUGUCUCUUUCGGAGUGGGAGCUUCUCCCCCUGGGACCUUGUUUGGAGCAGGAGCAUCUUCAUCUGGUCCUGGUACCGUGUCUUUUGGAGCGGGGGCUUCCUCAUCAGGAGGUCCAGGGAGUGUUUCUAUUGGAGUAGGAGCUUCCUCAUCUGGCACUGGUGUCUUCUCGUUUGGAGCAGGGGUUUCGUCAUCUGGAGCUGGGACUGUAUCUUUUGGAGCGACGCCUUCCUCAUCUGGACCUGGGACUGUAUCUUUUGGAGCGACGCCUUCCUCAUCUGGACCUGGGACUAUGACUUUUGGAGGGACAGCUUCCUCAUCUGGACCUGGAACUGUGUCUUUUGGCGUGACAACUUCCUCUUCCGGGCCUGUGUUUGGUAAUUCACCGUUUGGAUCUGGAGCUGCCGCCUUCUCUGGAUCUGGAAGUGGGUUUGCAUUUUCAUCACCUAGCUCUUCCACUGCCUCGUCCUUGGCAGUGGCUAGUACAAGUAUGUUCAGCAGUAGCUCCACGGCUUCAUCGUCCGCUGCUCUCAGCAACCCUUUUGGUUCAGCUUCGUCCUCUCCCAGCAUGUUUACAUUUGGACAAUCAGCAUCUUCAGGGGGCGCUUUUUCAUUUGGAGCACAGUCAGCUCCAGCUUUCUCAUCGCAAGCUCCUCCAGUUUAUUCGUUUACCUCGGCGAGCGCAAGCAUGAAUUUGUCUACACCACAACCUGCAUUUGGGAUGACAAAUGCCAACACAGGCUUCGGAAUGGGAUCUCCUGGAAAUGACCAGAUGAGUAUGGAAGACAGCAUGGCUGAUGACACUAACCAAGCAGCACCCCCGCAAGUGUCUGCACCAGUGUUUGGUUCUUCGUUAUUUGGGCAGCCAGCUAGUUCACCCGCCGCUCCAGUAUUUGGUGCUCCAGCUGCCCAGCCUGCGGGAGCUUUCCAGUUUGGCGGUCAACAAGGCUCGGUGCAGCAGAACCCGGCAUUCCCAACUGGUGGUAGCUUAGAGUUUCAGGGCGGGAACUUCUCGUUGGGCAGCAUGGGCGGCGACAAGUCCAACAGGCGGAUCAUCAAGGCCAAGAGGACACAGAAGAAAAGCAUCGAAGCUGUCCCACCCACAGGACAUAUAUCUAUCUGGAGGCUGUCAUGCGAACCUCAACUCAAGGUGCCCCCGGUCAAGCGCGUGUCCAGCGCCGGCCUGCUGGUCGGCUCCGUGCUCAAGCGCAAGACGGAAAGCGUCAAGGAGAAGUACAGCCUGGGGCGGCGGCUCGGGCAGGGCCAGUUCGGCACCACCUACCUCUGCGUCGAGCGGAGCAGCGGCAAGGAGUACGCCUGCAAGUCCAUCCUCAAGCGCAAGCUCGUCACCGACGACGACGUGGAGGACGUGCGCCGGGAGAUCCAGAUAAUGUACCACCUGGCGGGCCACCCCAACGUCAUCUCCAUCCGGGGCGCCUACGAGGACGCCGUCGCCGUGCACCUCGUCAUGGAGCUCUGCGCCGGCGGCGAGCUCUUCGACAGGAUCGUGCAGAAGGGCCACUACACCGAGCGGAAGGCCGCCGAGCUCGCCAGGGUCAUCGUCGGCGUCGUCGAGGUGUGCCACUCCAUGGGGGUCAUGCACCGGGACCUCAAGCCUGAGAACUUCCUCUUCGUCGAUCAGACGGAGGAGGCCGCGCUCAAGACCAUCGACUUUGGUCUCUCCGUCUUCUUCCGGCCUGGUCAAAUAUUCACCGACGUUGUCGGAAGCCCCUACUAUGUCGCGCCGGAAGUGCUGAAGAAGAAAUAUGGCCCCGAGGCAGACGUGUGGAGCGCCGGUGUGAUCAUCUACAUUCUGUUGUGCGGUGUGCCGCCAUUUUGGGCAGAGAACGAGCAGGGCAUAUUCGAAGAGGUUCUACACGGGAAACUCGACUUCGAGUCAGAUCCAUGGCCCAGCAUCUCCGAAGGCGCCAAGGAUCUCGUGAGGAGAAUGCUCCUCAGGGACCCCAAGAAGAGACUGACUGCCCAUGAAGUUCUACGGCAUCCAUGGGUCCAGGUUGGCGGUCUGGCUCCUGACAAGCCUCUGGACUCUGCUGUUCUAUCCCGUAUGAAGCAGUUCUCGGCCAUGAACAAGCUGAAAAAGAUGGCUCUCAGGGUGAUUGCGGAGAACUUGUCCGAGGACGAGAUCGCCGGCCUCAAGGAGAUGUUCAAGAUGAUCGACUCGGACAACAGCGGGCAGAUCACGUACGAGGAGCUCAAGGUGGGGCUCAAGAAGGUGGGCGCCAACCUCCAGGAGUCCGAGAUCUACGCGCUCAUGCAAGCCGCGGACGUGGACAAGAGCGGGACGAUCGACUACGGCGAGUUCAUCGCGGCGACGCUGCACCUGAACAAGGUGGAGCGGGAGGACCACCUGUUCGCGGCGUUCCAGUACUUCGACAAGGACGGCAGCGGCUACAUCACCCCCGACGAGCUGCAGCUCGCCUGCGAGGAGUUCGGCCUCGGCUCCGACGACCUCAGCCUCGACAACAUGAUCAGAGAAGUCGACCAGGACAACGACGGGCGCAUAGACUACAACGAGUUCGUGGCGAUGAUGCAGAAGCCGGCGCUGGGGCUGGCCAAGAAGGCCGGGGCCGGGCUGGAGAGCAGCUUCAGCAUCGGCUUCAGGGAGGCGCUGAGGAUGGCUUGAAGGAGGAGGAGGAGCUAGGUGGUAGUCAUGGCGACGCUAAUUUCGUUCUGCUCGUCGAAGACGCUUGUUGUAGAGACAUGGUGAGGCGAUUGAGUUUUCAUAGGGUCGAAGUGGCAGCAGCUCCUGGCGAGUAGCGGAGGGUCGGGACUCGGGACAACGUGUGUGUAGUAGAGGCAGGCAGGCAGGCCCGGUGAUUUUCUUCUCGCUACUGGAUUGGUUCAAUUGUGUAUUAUACUGAGUAUAAACUACAGAAAGCUUUUCCCCUCCUUGUAUACAGUACGGUUAGAAAUGAAACCUGCACAAGUUGGAUUAGCUUUA